AUGUCGCCCGUCAUCCGCAACGCCCUGGUGCGCGCCUCCCGGCAGUCGGCCACCACUGCCCUCGGCUAUCGCGCCGCCUCGACACAUGCCAUCUCGAACCCGACGCUGGCCAACAUCGAGAAGAGAUGGGAGGGCAUGCCGAUGCAGGAGCAGGCCGAGCUGUGGAUGGCCCUGCGCGACCGGAUGAAGGAGAACUGGGCCGACAUGACUGUUCAGGAGAAGAAGGCCGCCUAUUGGGUCGCAUUUGGUCCCCACGGCCCUCGCGCCCUUGACCCCCCCGGUGAGGGCAAGAAGGUUGCUCUCUAUACCGCCAUCGGCCUCGGCGCUAGCCUCCUCCUCUUCGCCACUGUACGGUCUUUCGCCAAGCCGCCACCGAGCACUAUGACCAAGGAGUGGCAGGAAGCGACAAACGAGUUCUUGAAGAACCAAAACUCGGACCCAUUGACUGGUCUCUCGUCAGAAGGUUACUCGGGCAAGGGACACGUGCAGUCCCCCUCGUCAAAGGCAUAA